AUGGCUGUCCCAGUCUUUUGCAAUGUCUGCUUCUGUGAGCCCCGCAAGCCCACCCCGCGGAAUUGUUUAGGGCAUGUUUUUUUGAUGUAUAUUUUAAAUGUGUCUUUACCUACAGGCAAAAAAGAUGAAUGUUUGAUCUGUAGAACUCCUUGUCGUACAUUAUUCCUUUCAAAACAGACAAAUCCUGAUAUUCAGUCGCUGUUCAUGGGAAUAGACGUGUUAUGCAAGAAAUAUUCAAAAGAAAUAACACAGAUUUCAGAAUUUCAAGAAAAACAUCGUAAGCAUUUAUUAGCAUACCACAAACAAAAGACGGUAAAGUUGGAAGAAUCUCUCAAGAAAGUAACACAACAAAUGCACCAGAUACAAUGUAUGAAACCUCCUGAACAAACUACACCACUACCAUUUUCCAAUACAAGUAGAAAUCCACUUUCCAUUCCUUCAAGAAAACAGAAUGGUUAUUCUUCAUGUUCUCUUCAUCCUAGUCAUCCUUCCACUUCUGAACUAAUGGAAUCGAUGGAGAUUGAUCCUGUUCCUUCACCAAUGAGGAAACCUGAGACACCGACUGGUCCAACAAGAUUGUCAUUAAUAACUCCACCGCAAGAUGGACGUAUGGGUAGUGUAUCCUACAGAAGUUCUCAGUCAUCUGGAAUAACAUCAAGCCAAAAUAGUAGAAUAGGAUCUGCAAGAUCCACACCUAUAAGACUACCACAUAGUGGAUGUUCAAUUACAACAUCAUCUGGAUCACAGAAUAGUAGAAGGGGGUCAUGGGGUCCUUCUGAUUUUAGAACCCCUCAGUUGUACCCAUUUACAUCACCUUCCCCUCAGUCAUCUGUAACAAGACAUCCAAUAACCAUCUCUGGACUUCUGCAAAGACAACAUUUAGGAUCGACUAAUUUUGGAGGACAUUCAACAGAAAGAUAA